UCUAUUAUCAGGGUAUGUUGAUACAUAAAUUACAGUCGUGAUCGUUUGAAUCAAAUACCUUAUAGAAUUAUUAUAAAGAAAUAUAAACCUAAUUGCACAAAUAAAACCAAACUCGCUCUCAUAGGAGCAUACAGCUCUUCCAUUAACAAUUUUACUGCAAAAUGGAGGCUAUGUGAAGCUCUGGUUUAGGCGACCCCUUUAUUGUUCUCUCCCAUGGUCACGUGUCCGUGUCAUCCAAUCCUGUCUCGGCCGCCGUUCAACUUAUCAAAGGUCUGUAGUUCACAGUGAAGUCGACCGUUCCUAGAUUUGCAGAUUCCGCGCUUGUGUCUAUUCCGUGGUGAGGAUUGUACGCACGGUCGCGCCUGUGUGCGUUUUUUUUUAUGUUAUGUCGACCCUGGGUACUCUGGGUUACUACACCGACUCGCACAUUCCUCACGAGGACGAUGAUCAUUUGGCACCGCGGUUCCCAACUGUACCGGCGAUACAGAGCCAGGCUCGAGAGCCAUCUCUGUCUGAAUAUGGUGAACCCGAUUCGUACCCUUUCCAAAGCAAGUCGGCUAUUUUUGGCGCGUCGUGGAGCCCAGUGCCUGUGCAGCCUCCGGGCGGCACAUCUAUCGCAUACCAUCCUUACAUACAUCAACCGUGUCCGACAGCCGAGUCGGAUGGAACGUCUGCGCGCGCCUGGGCGCUCGAGUCGCUUUCUGCAUCCGUGCCUUUCGCCGGAUUAUCGACAGAUGUGCAUCACGAUAUCAAACUCGAGCCGCUGGUCGGGAGUGGUGAGUGCACCACGCUAGAUGCACGGACACUAAUGGCUCCUGAUGUUCAAAACAACGCAAACCCUGCGGUGAAGGAGGCGGAUCUGAGCCAUGCGGAUGUGACAGAGUCAAGCGAAGAGAAAACGUUAACUGAGACUAAGCGGGAUCUGGACCCGAAUAACCCUGCGUCCAACUGGCUACACGCGAAGUCCACGAGAAAAAAACGCUGCCCAUACACUAAGCAUCAGACUCUCGAGCUGGAGAAGGAGUUUCUCUUUAAUAUGUACCUGUCUCGUGACCGUAGAUACGAAGUGGCAAGACUGCUAAAUCUCACCGAGAGACAAGUUAAAAUAUGGUUCCAAAAUCGUAGGAUGAAGAUGAAGAAAUGCAACAAAAAUCGCCCAAAAGACAUCUGAAGUUAAGGAAUACUGAUGAGUGCACAGCGCAGUGGUUUGGACAGCUUUAUUUCCUGCGCACACCGGUUUUGUGCUAUGCCUCUACAACAGCAACAAAAUUACUUUUGCACCAAUUUUCGGUGUGAGAAUGUAUCAGUGUAAUGAUUGCGUUUUUGUUAUAGGGCUGUUUGUUAGUCAGCUUGUGUCGUGUUUGCUUGUUGUAGGUCCAGUGUUUAUAAUUGUGUACAUUUUUGAGUCUCUUUCAGAUUUGAGGAACUUUCCAUGUAGGCUACUGAUUUCAGGGACAUAUACUAAAUGCUCGAUAUAUUUAAUAUUGUUGAGUUGCAUGAGUGUCAGUUGCUUUUUAAAAUGCCAGAAUGACUUCUGUCCAAAUAUUUAAUGUUUAAUGUAAUGUUUAAUGUAACUACCUAGAUGUAUUUGAACUACCUAUUUGCAUUAUGAAAAUAAGUGUUUUGUCAUUGAGACAUCGGUGAAUUUUGUAUCAUAAACAUGCUUGAAUUUUUUUGUGACUGGAAAAAAGGCUGUACAAGUAAAUACCUCAAAUCAUCAGUUAGCUGAACCAUUUUCAAUUCAAAGUUCAUCUGUGUAGAUGACAAAUAAAGUUCAGAAAAUUUAA